CUGUGUCCGCGUGCCCCCCCCCCCCCCGCGGCUCCCGUCACCCGCGCGGGCAGGGAUGUCCCCGGGCUCGGCGUCAUCGGCCGCCCCGCGGCUGCUGUACCGCAGCACCCGCCUGCUCCACGCGGCCUUCCUGCGGCUGCACCAGCAGCAGCAGCGCGAGGACGUCUUCUGCGACGUGGUGCUGCGGGCAGAAGGGGAGGCGGUGGCAGCCCACUGCUGCGUCCUGUCGGUGUGCAGCCCCUUCUUCAUGGAGCAGCUGGCCCGGGAGCUGCCCCCCCAGGGGCGCAGGGUGGUGCUGGAGCUGCAGGGGCUGAAGAUCGGGGCGCUGCGCAAGCUGGUGCGCUUCCUCUACACCGCCGAGCUGGAGGCAUCCUCGGAGGAGGCGCAGGAGGUGCUGGCGGCCGCCCGGCAGCUCCGCGUGGCCGAGCUCGAGUCGCUGCAGCUGCAGGGGGGCUGCCUGGUGCACCCCAGGCCCCGCUGGAGGCUCGACCGCAGCUGCCUGCGUGCCCCCCAGCCCGGAUCCCCGAGGCUCUGCCCCACAGCAGGCAGCGGGGCUGAGCCUGGGGGUGCUGGCAGCCCCCACAAAGGUGCCCCGCGCCCCAAACCUCCCGUGGGACGGUUGAAACUGAGGAAGGUGGAGGGUGGGGAGCACUGGGAGGUGGUGCGAGAGGGGCAACCCUCUCUGGGGCAGGCCGGCAAGGGGACGGCCGUGGGUGCUGGAGGGGUGGCGGAGCCAUGGCCCCCCCCGGCAGCCUGCAGGAAGCAAUCCCCGGAGACCCCUGGGCCCCAGCAGGGCUGGGGGCUGGAGGAGCCGCAGGGGAACGGCCUCGGGGAGGAGGAGGAGGUGGAUGUGGGGGUGGCAGAGCCGUGCCUGCCCCCCGGUGCUGUCUGUACCUGGCCCAGCCCCUCAUCCGAGUCCGAUGGGGAGGUAGAUGUCCUGGGCUAG